AUGUCUACCUUGUGGCAUGAUCUCACCGUUGGCGACGGCCUCUUUGGUGCCUUGGCAGAGUCGCCUCAAGCUGAUGCACCAACGGGACCCAGAACCAGUUGGACGUUAGACAGUGAGGCAAAGCAAAAGGUAUGGGCAGCUUUCCGACCUUUGUUAAGCUCUUUAGAUGACGCAAGCUACUCUACGUCUCUCACACCGGAAAUGCUGGACAUUGCCUAUGAGCAGUACAUUGUUCACCACCACAGCAUAUCGCCUCUGAUUCAUCUAUCAUCAUUCUGCCCGCGGAAUGCGCCAGUAUCUCUACUUGUGGCCAUGUGUACCAUCGGCCUAAGUGUUAUGGGCACUGGAGACUUGAACAAGUUGGUCUCUAAAAUAUUCCCAGAUCUAUUGAGGAUAGCAUCGAAUGACCUUCAUGCAUCCAGCGCUGGCGACGCGUCGCUCAUGAGACGGUUGACGGCAAUGAUGACAGGCUUCCUUGUUCUGACUCUGGCUUCCGUGAUUGGGCACAAACGUCGGAUUACUCAGACCGAGUCCCUUUAUGUCAGUCUUUUAUCGAACGCGCACUCCGAUGGUCUUUUUUCUGCCAACGAGUACUCUCCUUCUCUUGUUGGCUUAACAUCUAUUCUGAGUGAAGAGAGGCGCUGGAGAGUUUGGGGGAGCAUUGAAUCUGUGAAGCGGCUCAUACUUCAUUUGGUUCAAUUAGACUGUUGGUACUCCUCGUAUCUGGCUGUUGAUCCAACACUACGACCAGAGUGCGUGCAUAUCAUACCAACUUGUGACGAGGUCCUUUUCCAAGCGAGCACUCUUGAUAAAUGGUCCCGAAUGCGCCCCGAUUUUGGUCAAAUGGAUUAUCCCGUUAUAUCAGCAUCCUAUUACAGCACACCAACGCCAUCGAUGAGCUUCGACAUGAAUUCGACCCUGCUAAUGUUACUCCAAUUGCGUUUCGCAGCAGCAUCCACCAUACUAGAUCGCGCACCUCGUGACAACGAAAGCCAAUUCAAACUACUUCCGUGGAAGAUAUUCACUGAAGAUGCCCGCCAUAGAUCACUUGUCAACCUGACAGUUGACUUGGCGAGAGCUGCCGAUGCAAAGGACAGAAGCUUCGACAUGAACAACGCAAUUUCAUGGCACGCGUUCUGCAUGAUGUUAGGAGCGAACCUACCACUCUUUGAAACCGCUGCUGGCCGUUCCGGUCCGACGACAGCAGCACAGGCGCUGAAAGAUAUUUCCAACUGGGCUUUUACGUCUUCUGCAAGGCGGUCCUGCAUUCAUGCUGCUCACAUUUUCAACUUGCUGUUGAAUCGAAGGGUUUCCGACCCGGUCAAAUUACAUAGUAUUAUUGCACUGUUCCAAGCCUCGUUGGUCCUUGGACUCUACAUCUUCGCGAUACCGACGCAAGAUAGCACCGAUUUAUACAAUCUUUACGACGACGUGGAUUGGGCAUCUUUAGGAAGUGUUGGGUUGUCGGACUUGUCAGAAGAUAUCAUGCAACCUGGCUCUACUUUAACAGCUGCGACGAAGUUCAUUCUACGAGGCGGAGGGGCAUCUCUUUCCGAUUUCAUGUUGACACCUGGCUAUACUCAAGCGUGCAAGUGUUGGCUGCAUUUCGCGUCUUUAAUGCUAGGUCUGGGGCGGUGGAAAUCUCGAAGUUUCUCUCGGAUUUUACAUGUCAUGUGCAACAAUCUCUCGGACAUGGACCCGAAUAACUUCGAUGACGGACAGUAG